AUGAGUUCAGAGGCCAACAUGAAUGAAUAUGACCUAUUAGAUAGAAGUGAGGCGACUACUGGCAGCGGUACAUUACCUGAGCAGUUCAAUUAUUGGCAACAAGGUAGAACUUCAAGAGGAGAAGCAGUAACUGUAAACCAAUUGCCAAAUGUUCCGAAAAGUUCGGAGACUAUCAACGUAGCGACGGGUAGAUCGCACAACCUGUUCGAGACACCAAUGAAUCAAAAUGUGAAUUCUAAUAGUCCUAUUCCAAAUCAACCAAUGGUCCAUAAGCCCACGAAAAUAACCAGUGGCAAGAAGAGGGUCUCAAAAGCGUGUGAUCAUUGUAGAAAAAGAAAGAUAAAGUGUGACAAGGUGGAUCCGUCCACAGGUAAAUGUUCUAACUGUCUAAAAUAUAAUGCCAAUUGUACCUUCAAGAGAGGUCGUGACAAUGUUCUAAAUAAUAGAAGAACAUCAGACGAUACUACAAGUAGCGCUCUCUCAAAAGGUUUUGCAUUAAAUAAUGUCAUGUCGCCAUCUUUUUCAGGCAUCAAUGAUAUUCGUAUCUCAUCUAACUUACCACAACCGUCACCAAUGGUGGGAAGUCGUGAUACUUCAACCUUGUCAAGUAGACAGGAACCGCACAACCCCCCUGCGCAAGAAGCUGGCGUUGUUAAUAUAAGCAAGAACAAUAAUUCAGAAUCUAAAGAUACAAAUCGAAUCGCAGCUUCAGAGACUCUUUAUUCGAAAAUGGAAAAGUUGGAUAGAAAGGUUUCUAUUGUUAUAGAUAACAUGGCCAGGUUUGAGUGGUUAUUGGCUAAGCUAAUAAAAAAGAAUGAUUCCUCUAACUCAACUCCAAACAAGAAUUCUGCCAAACCCAAUAGAAAAUUGUAUUCUACGAUAUUAUUAACUCAGCGGAAACUAGAAAUGGUAAGAGAAAAAAUAUCACCAGAAUUAAGCUCUGAUGAAUUUAUGGAACCUAUCAAUGAUAUACUCAGUAUAUCUAUGAAAUGGUAUAUUGUUCAAAUAAAGAGUCUGAUGUACUCAUCGUCUGGUAUUCGAUACCCGUUACCGCCCAAAGAACAGGCUAGAAGGUUGAUAGAAAAUUUCCACUCAACAUUAAUGUCAUCAGUCACAGGAAUCAUAUCUUUAGCGGAAAGUUUAGAUUUAGUGGACAGGUACUACGACAAAACUGCUCGUCCUUUAUGCUACUCGGAAUUGUUAUUAUUGAAUAUAUGUCUAUGUUCUGGCGCGUCAGCAACAAAUCUUCUUAUAGGUCUUGAUUCUCAUUUUUUAAGAAAAGAUCGAAUUCAACCUAGUAAGGAGGAAUUGCAUGAUAUAGAAUAUCAUAUGCUAUUAAAUGCAAUGUUUUAUUAUCGUAAGGUGUCUGUCAUUUGUUCAGGGACUGCUUCAAUACAAGGGUUAUUACUUCUUUCUCGCUAUGUUGAGGCCAAUUUUAGUACUGAAUUAUCGGUUGACAUCUGCAGUACGGCAAUUAGAUUUUCUAUUGAUAUGCAUCUAAAUGAAAAGAAAUCAUAUGUCACGCUAGGAAUGGAUGAAGCAUUGAGAAGGAGCUGUUUAUGGUGGCACUGUUUCUCAACCGAUAAAUCUACUUCCUUGAAACUGUCUCGGCCUCCUUUGAUAACUGAAGAAGAUAUGGAUAUGUUUACUGAUGAAGGAUAUUUCGAAACUAUAAAGAAUAAUAUUUUACCAAGACUUUUGAAUUCUCCAGAAGAAGAAAAAAAAGUCACUAACUUAGAGGAGGGAUUGGGUGUUAUUGCCAAUUAUUGUGAAUCACUCCCAUUUUUUAUUUCAUAUUAUGUUACAAAGCUAGUGCGAAUUGAAAGUGAAAUAUUUUCAACUUGUUUCUCUGUAAGAAGUACUUUGGAUUUCUCUUUUGACGAAAUACUUGACAAACUGGUAGCGCUAAUCAAGGAUCUUAAUAAAUGGAAUGAUAAUCUACACUCUGCUAUGAAAUUGGAAAGUUAUAAACAAUAUUUGUCGUUAUUAUAUGUCCAAAAUAUUGAUGGAAAUGCUGCAUUAUUAUUUGAAGUUGCUUGUGCACGAAUCCUAAGUUGCCACUUCCGUUACCUUUAUCUGGUCAUUGUGCUAAGUUUGUUUACUCUUUCAUUUUUACUUGAUAACAAGGAAUCCUAUCAAGAUUCGUCUUAUGAUAUUCCGGCCCUUUUUGGAGAUUUUACCAGUCAGUAUAAGACGGCCAGUAUCAAGAUGUUAACAAUAUUCAAAACAACUAAUUACCAACCUCACCUGUAUGAUGAAAUAAUGUUCCAUUUUUUAACUGGUGUCUUUGCUCUAUUCUUUUAUGUUUCGAAUAGCCUAGGAGAGGUCGUCAAGAAUAAUCAAGAAUUAUUUUCACUUGUAGAACUACUGAGAACCACGCACAAUCAUCUCAUUGGCGAUGAUCAAGAAAAUUUAUUUAUUGAUAAUUUGAAAUGGAAUACAUCGAUCUAUUUCUAUACUUUUUUCUUAAAUCAUCUAAUUACUCGUAUGAAUCAGUUGGAACAUUUUAAGGGAAGGCUUGAAUUUAACAGGAACCCAUAUUCAAAUAUGUUGGAUCGAAUUAGAGAACAUUCAAUCAAAUUGAAAAAUGAUUCAGUUGAACGUCUUUUCACUACUUUAAAGAAUUCUACUACUGAGUUUGAGAAUUCGCAACCUAAUGAAAGCUGGAAUGAUCAAGGGGAAGUCAGUUUCAAUCUAGAAUCAUUUCUGAACCCAUUUCAUAAAAAUAUCUCCAAGAUUUUUUGA